AUGGUUAAUCUGAGAUCGGGUGGAACGCCUGAUUUAACGAAGGACUACGUGACGACGCGUAGAAGAAGAAGUCCUCAAACACCGGAGGCACAUCAAGAAGGACUGGACGCAGGUCUACCAACACCUGCAACCAACAGAAGGGUGAUAGCACCAGAGGCAUUUGAGCCUGACGAGACAAUCGAAGAAGAAUCGAACGAGUCGAAUAUCGAAUAUGAAGACCCAAUUAAUGACAACAAGAUGUCGGAUAACGCGGGUGGCUCUGGUAGCCGUGAUGACGUGAGUGAGGAAACUCGCAUGAGAUUGGAGAUCGUGAGACUCCAAUAUGAAGUCCAGCAGAUGAAAGCAAGUAGAGAAGACAACUUCGCUGAGAGGCCUGCUGUUCUGAGGAUAAGGUUGUAUAAGAAGAUGACAAGCAUGACAGCCAAGUCAAAGGGUUCUGAUCGCGCGUUUAUCAAACGCUUGAUUGCUAUAAGGACUGAAUAUAUCCGCCUAGGAUAUAAGGUCGAAGAUUUCAUGUUUUUUGACUGCCUACUUACUGGCGUGAGCAAGGGAUGGGCUUCAUUCAUCAAAAACCGUAUGGAUCAGGUUGAGAAAGAUAACGCCCAACUUUUAGAGGAUGAUUUCAUGACCCUUUGUCGCGAUAUUCUUCUACGACUAUCAACGAUGGAUGAAUCAAAUGCUGACAUGUCUAAGAGCCCUGCCAACAACACGCAGGACUCCAGAUCCGACAAGAAGGAUAAGAGAGGCAAGGAUAAAGAUAAAGAGAAGGAGAAGAACUUCAAGUCUGACAAGAAGGGCAAGAAGCGUCCCUCCAAUCUCAACAACGUCAAUAGAGAUAAGAACAAGGAUGAUGCCGAUGCUGGCACUGCUUCUGUUCAUAACAUCGUGGAACAAGUAUUCUGUAUAUCAGAUAAGGCCUACAUGAGCGGCCAAAAGCCCACAAGAGAUACCUGGAUCUUGGACUCAGGUGUGGGUGCCCACGCAACACCUCAUAAGGAUCUUGUCGUGGCAAGGCCCCAGAAAUAUAUUGUCAAACUGGAGAUGGCAGAUGGAAUGGUAGUGCCUGCAGCAGUGAUCGGUGACACGAAGAUCGCUGUUGAGGGGGCGGAUAUGCUGCUAAGUGGCAUCCGCUACGUCCCGAAAUUGGAAGUGAACCUCAUGAGCAUGGGUAAGCUCGUACGCCAGGGCUUUACCUUCAAGCAGUUGGCGUAUGGUAGCAACCACGCUGUACUCUUUAUGUCCCCGGAUAGAACGUUCUCCUUCACGGCGAAGUUGAAUGAGAAUGAUAUCUACGAGGUGGAGAAACCGCCUACCUUCAAGGAUCUAAUCCGAUUCGCCCUAUCCAACGGCAAAUUCGAACCUGUCAACGCUGUGGUGGAUGACAACCCAAGUGAUGCCAUAUUGGCACUGCCCAACAACGACAUAAAAGUUGUAGAACUAACAAUGGCACAGUGGCAUCAAAAGCUAGAGCAUCUUAACCCUGCAGAUAUCUCUAGAAUGGCGGCAGAUCCACAUCUAGGAAUGAGAAUCAUUGAUCAUGAGUUUAAAGGCCAGGAUCUGAAGGCCUACUGUCAGAGCAGAGGAAUUGCAUACGAAACAACUACACCUGACACACCGCAAUCGAACAGCCCUGCAGAAUGCGUCAACAGAAUUGUUGCAGAAAAGACAAGAAGCCUUCUGUUUGAUAGUGGAUUGGCUAAGGAGUUGUGGGGUGAGUUGGCUAUCAAGGACUGCAUCAAUAUCGUAUCUGGGACUCAAUCAAUCGUCGCCUUGAGAUCGCACGAGAUGUUGUAUUUUGAUGAAGGACUAGACAAGGGUGAAACUGCGCCUAUGAACAUGGUGAAACAAUCAAGUGAACUAUCAGAAGAAUUGGAUGUGUUAGAUGCUGCUGAUGGAUGGCAACACUGCCUUCUACAAUGUCUAGCAAAGGUGAAAUCUGAUGUUUUAAAGAUGAUUGUCAAUGGAGAACUAGAGGAUGCAGUGGAUCCAGCCUAUCUUCUAGAUAAUGAGACAGAACUUGUUGAGAAUGAUGAAUUAGAGGACUCUGUCAAUGAGAAUGAUCCUGUCCUGAGUACUCUAACUGACCGCCCAACUACUGUGGCGGAAGCCAAAAGGAGCCCUGAUUGGGACUACUGGUAUGAGGCAAUGAGAAGAGAGGGAGAGACAAUCCGGUUUAGAGCUCGCUGGGUGGUUAGGGGAUUCCUUCAACAGCAAGGAGUCCACUAUACAAAGUCGUACGCUGCGGUGGUAUCAGGACCCACAUCCCGGAGCUUAUUCGCGAUUUCAGCAGCAAAGGGGUGGAAAGCCAAGGCGAUCGACUAUGUCUCCGCGUUCUUGAACGGCAUACUGCCACAACACGAGAUUGUAUAUAUGCAACUGCCUACAGGGAUUAAGCACAGCAGGGGGGGCCUAGUUGGCCUGCUCCGCCAGAGCCUUUACGGGAUGAAGCAAGCUGCAAGGGUGUGGUACUUCCUUGUGACGGAGCACCUCACCACCCUAGGGUUCAAAAUCUCACCAUACGAUGGCGGAUUCUUAUAUCACCCUACUCGCAAGAUCUACCUGACAUUGCACGUCGAUGACUGUCGGGUAACAGGACCCCAAGAACAGCAAUUGAACUGGGUACUGGCAGAGAUUGCAAAGAGGUUUGAGACAAAGGAUGUUGAAGAGAACAAGCCCUACCUUGAGAUGGAAGUGAGACGUCAAGCGAACAGCGACCUAGCAGUUACUCAGAACCGUUAUAUCAAUGAGAUUCUUGAGGAUUUUGGAAUGGACAAGGUCAACCCGGCCAGCACAUCGAUGGUGACCGGCAUACGCCUAGAAUUCUCGCCAGAUGAAGAUAGCGGAUUAGAUGACGAUUUUACUGCUACUAGAUAUCAUCAAGGUUUAGGAUCACUGCAGUAUUUGGUAUCAAGCAGCAGGCCAGAUUUAGCAUUCGCGGUCAACUACCUCUCACGUUUCAACUCGCGUCCGCACAAGGAAUGCUGGGCGGCAUUAAAACAUGUCCUACACUAUGUCAAGAAAACGAAGGAUCACGGUAUCCUAUACAAGAAGGAGAUGGUUGAGGGACUCAAUCCUGUCGUGUACAGCGACUCAGAUUGGGCAGGGGCGGACCCCCAAUACAAGUCAACUACGGGUUACAUUAUCAUGCUAAACGGAGCACCAAUCUCGUGGUGA